AUGGCUCUCUUUAACAUGAAAGCGCCCGUCGAGUACGGCGAACAGCAAGUAAAAUAUCAACAGUGCGCUGACGGUGGAGCAGAGGCCUUUGAGCAUUUCCUUACCGAUUUCAAGACGUCGCCGCAGGAGACCAUCACCACUGCGCUGGGAAACAUCACAAUUAACGAGGACGACCUGAGCGAUGAUUAUGAUUUUAUGGAUGAGGAUGACGAGGCGGGACAGCAACGGCGCCGCCAGCAAAGGAGAGGAGCCAAGGAGCCUGUACACAAAUACAAGCUGAUUCUCCAAGAACUGGCCGACAGAAAGACAAACGAGGUGGCAAUCGAGCUGGAUGACAUCCAUACGUUUGAAGAGGACUUGGGCCUGGAGCUCAAGCUCGUUGAGUCGAUCGAGAAGAACACAAAGCACUAUGUCGAGAUUCUUUCGAGGGCCAUCGACAAGUUGAUGCCACAACCAACUCAGGGACUUACUUUCAAGGACGAUGUGCUCGACGUAUUAAUGGCCAACCGGGCCCAGCGUAACGCGGAUCUGGUUGAGGCCGCUGAGAGAACUGCGGACCCAGCUAUGCUGAACGAGCAAUACCCUGCGCAACUCACCCGCCGAUACACCCUUGUCUUCAAGCCCAGAACCGCCAUGUCGGGCGAGCCCCUGAAGGCACUCUCUGUCAGACAAGUCCGUGGCGACCACCUCGGACACCUCAUCACCAUCCGCGGCAUCGCCACCAGAGUAUCAGACGUCAAGCCUAUUGUGCAGGUCAGCGCCUAUACUUGCGAUCGCUGCGGUUGCGAAAUUUUCCAGCCCGUGUCCGAUAAGCAGUACGGUCCCCUCACACUGUGCCCGUCGAAGGAUUGUAAGGAAAAUCAGGCCAAGGGUCAGCUGUACCCAUCAUCAAGAGCUUCCAAGUUCCUGCCCUUCCAGGAGGUUAAGAUUCAGGAACUUGCCGAGCAGGUGCCCAUUGGUCAGAUUCCCAGGACACUUACCGUACUUUGCUAUGGCACUCUUGUGCGGAAAGUGCACCCUGGUGAUACUGUUGAUAUUUCCGGCAUUUUCCUCCCAACACCUUACACCGGUUUCCAGGCCAUGCGCGCUGGUCUCUUGACCGACACUUACCUCGAGGCACACGAUGUCAUUCAGCACAAGAAGGCCUACGAGGAUAUGCAGAUCGAUCCCUUGAUGGAAAGGAGAAUCGCCAAGUCCUUUCAGUCCGGCAACCAGUAUGAGUACCUUGCCAAGUCCAUCGCCCCUGAAAUCUUCGGUCACCUCGACGUCAAGAAGGCACUCCUGUUGCUGCUUGUGGGUGGCGUUACCAAGGAGGUUGGUGACGGUAUGCGUAUCCGUGGUGAUAUCAAUAUCUGCCUCAUGGGUGACCCAGGUGUGGCCAAAUCUCAGUUGUUGAAGUACAUUUCGAAGGUGGCUCCUCGCGGUGUUUACACCUCUGGUCGUGGUUCAUCCGGUGUCGGUCUCACUGCUGCCGUCAUGCGCGACCCUGUAACAGAUGAGAUGGUCCUUGAAGGUGGUGCCCUUGUCCUUGCUGAUAAUGGUAUCUGCUGUAUCGAUGAGUUUGACAAAAUGGACGACAACGACCGUACUGCCAUCCACGAAGUCAUGGAGCAGCAGACGAUUUCCAUCUCCAAGGCCGGUAUUUCCACUUCUCUCAAUGCCCGCACGUCAAUUCUGGCCGCCGCCAACCCUCUCUAUGGCCGUUACAACACCCGUCUCACCGCCGUCGAAAACAUUAACCUCCCCGCCGCCCUCCUCUCCCGUUUCGACGUCAUGUUCCUGUUGCUCGACACCCCAACAAGAGAAACUGACGCCCAACUCGCCAAGCAUGUCGCCUACGUUCACAUGCACAACAAGCACCCCGACAUCGACACCUCGGACGGCUUCGUCUUCAGCCCAGCCGAAGUCCGUGCCUAUGUUGCCAAGGCCCGCACCUACCGCCCUGUCCUCCCUCCGAACGUCGCCGACUACAUGGUCAAGACCUACGUCCGCCUCCGCAACCAGCACAAGCGCAACGAGAAGAAGUCUCAAAAUUUUGGGCAUACCACCCCCCGUACUCUUCUCGGCAUCGUCCGUCUUGCGCAGGCUCUCGCCCGUCUCCAGUUCAGCAACACGGUUAAGCAAGAAGAUGUAGAUGAAGCGCUGCGUUUGAUCGAAGCCUCGAAGGAGUCCCUCGCUAUGGACGAUGGGAACCGGACCGGCAGAAGGGGCCUCAACGCCAGCAGCAAGAUCUUCAAUCUUGUCAAGGGUCUUGCGGACAGUGGCGCUUGCCGGGCGGAUGAGAUGGAGGAUGAUGAGGAUAACGAGAACGAGUUUGGUGUGGAGCUGAACUUGAGGAAGGUGAAGGAGAGAGUGAUUGCGAAGGGUUUCACGGAGAACCAGUGGAUGACUGCUUUGGAGGAGUACACAGAUUUGAACAUCUGGCAAACAACUGGCAAUGGGUCGAGGUUGGUGUUUAUUGUGGCGAAUGAUAGGGAAGGUAGCCAGGAGCUGUGA